AUGUCCGAAGAUACAAGAGGCCGCGGGCUUGUUCGUGUGCAUUCGGCAAACAGCAUCCACGACCGAAAACACAUUGAGGUGGCCGAAGGGCCGCCGCGGUCCAUUUCGAUGCAACAUGGCCAGGCCCACCAGCGGAAAUCUGAAGAUCUUCGCCACACGGCGGUCCGAAACGGGCUCCGGAGCUCGAAACUUUCAAUGGCGCUCUCGCGGGCGCAAUCGGUUGCCUCAGCGACCCACAACCACCAGUUCCAGAACAAGAACAUCGCCAUGGUCCAGCAUGAACGCAAACCUCGCCCCAAUUGGGACAGCACCUGGUCCAACUUCACGCUCACACAGGCAGAAAAGGAGCCCGUGCAGAAAGACGGCCGCGUGCUGAAAUCCAGCAUUUCGCCGCUCACUCGCCCGGGCCAGGCCACAAGAGCCACUCCAACUUCGCUUGCACCUAUAUCCAGUCCGCCCAUGGCCAGUCUGAAUGUCCCGUCCACGGACAACAAGUUCUCUGACCUCGGCGAAGUGACGCCCAAAAAGCCUCUGUCGGCACGGAGCAGGCUUUCUGUCGAAACGGGCCGGUCGAAAACGCUGGCCAAACGCAGCUCGAUCCGCUCAGAACCUCUUCUGAAGUACGCAAGCGAGCCCGACUCGAGCGACGACUAUGACGAAGACGACGACGAUGGACAAGACGAACAUCUGUCUUUGCUAGAUCCGGAGUUUUUCGACACCGACGGCACGAGCUCGCUCUCGGCCUUGGCCCAAGAGAUUCUGGUGUUCCAAAAAAGCCUCGUGGGCUCUGCUCCGCAUGUACAGCCUACACGAACCCAGCAACGUGUGCUCGACUUGCGGGAUCUUCUAAGAGAAGAAACUCAAUCUCCAACACAGCCAACUUUGGGAAAUCAGAAUUUCAUGGUGCGUAUUCAGCACGACAAGAUUCUUUCCGAAUGGACACAGAUCAGGCUCCGCUUCUCCAGCCACAUGCACUCGAAGAACAUGACUCGCUGCAGUGCCGGCAUUUUGGGUUUUGUUGAGCGGUACAAGGCUCGGGGCUGGCCCGAAAAAACGUCGAGCCACACUGUGACUAAAGAAACAAAAGAUGAAUAUCUUGCCAGCAUGUGGCAGUCUGGCUUUCUGGUGAAGAAAGAUGUCUUGGAAGAGCUGCGAGAUAUCUACAAAGAGCAACGAGAUAUUUACAAAGAGUCUGCUGCCUUUGACAUGUCUUCUUUAGCACAGACUGCCAUGUCUCGACAAUCGCCCGUAGCAGCAGAAUAA